GUAUGUGAAUGCGUUGAGCCUGAGUGCUGAGCUAGAGAGAGAGAGAGAGAGAGAAAGAGAGAGAGAGAGAGAGAGAGAGAGAGCAAGAAAACAUCAUCAGACUGCAUAGCUUAUUCUCCAGAGCCGAAUGAAAGAUUGUGUAUCCACAAGAAUAAGCUGAAUAAUGGAAUAUCUCCAAUAUUUAUUAAUAAGUAAAGCACCUAACUUGAACUAAAAUAAAAAGAUGGAACGUACAACCUUGGUUUGUCCUGCCCAGGGCUGGUGUGGCCCUAACGUUUCAACCUUUUCAAUGGAGUGGGAUGACAAGGUAAACUCCUUUCUGACGGAACCUGAUGUGAUCAAACCCCCUCCACAGUUCCAAGAUCCAGAAGAACCGAGCGAGGCCUCACCCACUAACUCCGCGGUCGUAAGGCGGGAUAAAGACUGCAUGAGCUCCUUGAAGAAGGAGCGUAGGAGUAGACCAACCAGUAACAUAGAGCUUUACAGACGCUCCUUGCCCCUUUCCACCAACAUCAGUUCCAACCCAGGCGUGGCACGGCGACAGUGUGAAAGCUAUGCGCUUUCAUAUCCCAGCAGCAGUUCAGAGGAUAGUGGCAGUGACAGUACAUCAGCAAGGAGGGGGGAUCGGCUUCCGGAUGCAGUUCCACGUUCUAGGUCCCGGAGCAUCGUUCUCAGUAAAGCCAAAAGGAAACCAGCCCCACCUGUACGAACAGUGUCGCUGCAAAGGCUCACAGCCGAAAAGCAUUGUGAAGAUAAAAAACAGACACUUUUAAAAAAAGAUUCCCAGAAUACCUUUCUUCUACCAGAUCUUAUUCCAACAGCUAAGCCUGUUUCUUCUGCUGAAGCACCUAAUAAGGUGCUACAGAAUCCUUCCAUCUCUUGCCACAAAGCACUAAAAGAACUUCGAUCCAGCGAACCAUGCAAGUCUACAUUGGGUCCCUCUGUGGCUACUCCAAUAAAUGAAGGCACUCCUGGUAAUUCCGAUGUACACACUUCCCCAACCUCCUCUCACUCCUCUCCCUCCCAGCCUUCUAUUUCUUCUCCUUCCAAGCCUCUUGGGUCAAAUUCUCCAUCAAGUGGUUAUGGAAGCCAAUGUGAAACACCUACUCAAUCAGUUUUGACCUUGACUAACAUGGGACCUUUUCAACAACUGGGCUGCAGAAUGCGCCACAAGCCUCUUCCUGGCCAGAGAGCAAGGAACCGCAAUGCUAGACUAUCUCUUCAGCUUCCUGAAAUACAACAGUGCACCCCUGAUCCAGAACCUAACCCAGUCCAACCCAAACCAAAUCGACGCUACUCAGACAGCACAGAAGCCACCAGACCUAAGCAAAGGAUGAGCAACAGUAUGUUCAUAAUGCCAGUGGUGACUCAGGAGGACCUGAAUAAAGUGCACUUACGUUCAGUCAGCAGCUCUGAUCUAGAGAAUGCAAGAGAAACUACAGAGGUUAUUGAGGAAGAGACUGAAAGACAUAGAAACUCUUUAAGCCCUACAAAAAGCCCAAAGGCUAAACCACCAGUGGCUCCAAAGCCUCAGAGAAACAAAUGGCCACAAAAUGUCAUGGUACAGCCACAUUUCGAAACACCUUCUGAUACAGAACCCCCAACAGUCAAAGCAAGUAAAAGACAGGAUGACAUUUAUGCAAUGAUUAACAAAGCAAAGUCCCCAGUGACUGAAGCAUCCCCAAAUAUUAGCAGUAUUGCAAAAGAACAUCAUCAAAAGCAGCAGCAAUUUUUUGAUGGACAUGUCAUAAAGCCAGUGCGGGAGCCCCGUCGGCCACAACCCCCAUGCACUCUUGAGCCACAAAAUCAGAAUGUGCUUCCCUUCAACAAAACUAACAGACAUGAUCUUAAGAAGAAGCGAAGAGCCCCAACACCACCUCUGGCUAAGACUCCAGAGGCAGACAAUCCAUCUUAUGAUAAUUCAGCUUGGACAAUGUCAGGCUCAGAUGAUGUCCAGUCUCCAACUCAGCAUUGCAAGUCUCCAAAAUCUCCAACAUCUGCAAGUCAGUAUCAUGUCACUCUAUAUGGAGUAAUUCCAUCUUAUCCUAUGGACAUUGAACAACAACACUCAAGUGGUGUAGCUCAUCCAACAUACGAAGUAGAUAAAAGAGACCAAAUGCCAGACCUUGGAGCUCUUCAGUUAGUGGGAGAGAAAGAUGAUGUAUUUCUUUACAAGUCCAAAUCUCAGACAACAGAAGACUUAUUCACUAUCAUCCACAGAUCUAAACGAAAGCUCCUGGGUCGUAAAGACUCAUUUGAAAACAAGCAAGGUGACACUGGCACUCAGACUCUUGGUAGUGGAUGUUCCAAAAUCAGUUCUCAAAAUGACAACUUCAUGGCUUUUCUUAGAAGAACACGAAGUGCCAAGGCUGGAUGCAGUGGACGGAUUUCAGCCGCAGAGCUCCUCAAAAACUCCAAACCCACAGCUACCAUUGCAGCAAACAUGACCCCUUGCAAAAAUAGCUACGGACAGUCACAUGGUCCUUAAAAUGUCAUUUUAUGGAUAACCUCUUCCAAUCACGAUUUAUAUCUAAAAUCUGUUGUCAUGUAAUGCAAUGUUCAAGCUUUUGAAAGUGUUCAAAGCAAUUGUUUAAAAAAUUUGCUUGUAAAACUUGCUUUUGUUUAGAAUAGGACUUGAAUAGAGCAUUUUGGAUUUGUUUAGAAUGUAUCUUCCUGAAACACAUAUCUUGUUUUUCCAUUGUGGUAACUAAGAACAAAAUAAUGUCAAAUUAAGAUUUCUUGGUAAUUCAACUAUUACUCUAUAUGUAAGUAUAAAUGUUUUAAGGGUUAUUAAAUUGAAUUUAUUGAAUUGAAUAUUAUUGAAUGUUACAUUAAAUUUGUGUUUUGGCUACA